GCAUGAUAUUGGUUACUUAGUUUUUCAGGUUGCGGUAUAAAUGACCAAAGUAAGAGAUGAUUAAGUAUUAUAAAUUCUGAACACGUUAAUGAAUGAAAUCUCAACAAGGUAAACACCAAUAAAUAGCAUAUGAUCGGAUUUGAUAGGCUUGCGAUGGGAAAACUUUCAGUCGUGGAAUGGGCCGAACUGGAGUCUGAAAAGGUAUUGAUGGACAGUGAAACUUUAGAAGAACUGAUAGACAAAAAAGAAGUGGACAUCAAUGCAGCUGAUCAAUAUGGUGAUAAUGCGCUAAUAUAUACUGUGCGUAAUAAUGCAACAAAUUGUACGAAGUUGUUGCUUGAUCAUGGUGCUGAUGUAAAUGCUGUUAACAACUAUGGUAAGACUGCACUGAUGUAUGCAGCAUCAGUAAAUGAUUCAGUAGAAUGUGUCAAUCUGCUCAUUGCAUAUGGUGCUGAUAUCGAUGCUAGGGAUAAUGACGGGGCGACAGCUUUAAUACACGCAAGAUCUAAAUGUAUGUGCAUCUUAGUUGAUAAGGGGGCGGAUGUAAACGCAACUAAUAAAAUAGGACUGACUACACUCAUGUGGGCUGCAACGUUCAGCAAUACAGCGCCCAUGGAAGCGUUAUUGGACCAUGGUGCUGACGUGAACGCUUGUAUCAAUUCCGAAAUGAACGCACUAUUUUAUCCUGUUUGCCAAGACAACCCAGAGUCAGUAAAGUUGCUUAACUAUCCUGGAAUGAACGCACUCUUCUUCGCUGUAUGUCAUGACAACCUCGACUUAGUACGUUUGCUUAUCAAGAAAGGUGCCGAUGUCAAUACUUCUGGUCCGUAUAAUGAAACGGUAUUGAUGCGUUCUGUAUGUAGUCCAGAUCCAGCUUGUCUAGUACUGCUGUUAGCAAAUGGUGCAGAUAUCAAUAAGGUUAAUCAUGCAGGAAAAGAUGCUAUGUCAUUUGCGUUUGAAUAUAGUACAUUUGGAAUAGAAACAUACAGAGCCAUCUGCAUCCUUGCUUUGUAUGGAGCCCCAUUUGAUGCUGAACAGUCACUUGCUUUCAAGAAGCUCACAUGUAGGAGUAGAUAUUCAAAACUAGGAGUGACAUUAGAAGACUUCAAACAACUGGACCUGCAGCAACAAGUGAGACUCCGUAUGUAUCAAUACACCACGCGCGUUUGUCGGAAGACAUACUCUAAAACAAUUGAUGCUCUUAUUAAAGGAGGUAAACUCCCAGAGAGAUUUAGGUGGUUUAUGCUGUUUGAAGAUGACAUUGAAGAUAUAUUAGGUGUGAGUGGAACUCCACAUACUUAUGUUGAGAUAGCCGAGGAAACAAUGCCACGCAAUAAACCAUCUUGCCGCGUAUGGUGUUAAAACUGUAUCAAAAUUGGACAUCUUAUAUUUAUGUGAUAUCUCUAACACAAAGAAUAGCGUUUAGCAGAAUACAUACACAAUCCGUGUGAUUUCAUACACGGUUUGUUCGAGUUUGCACACUUUAUGUUUGUAAAAUCACACUUGUACAUGCAUAUUUGUGUAUGCAUUGUUAAAAAUGACAUCGAACAGGGUACACAAGUCGAACAAAUGCUUAUGCGGCUCGCACAAACGUUUUUCCCUUCACAAACCAUGAUGUGCCGAUCACACACCUUGAUGUACCGAUCACACACCUUGAUGUAACAUAAAUUGCUUUCUAGAGAUGUUCGAGAUUUUGUUCUAAAUCUCGCGUUACUUUUGCACUGAACGAAAUAACAAAUCUGAUCAGCGCGGCAAAAAGAUAAAAGAUCUAGUUUGUAGUUUCUCAAUAAAUGGUCACUGUACGUCUCCCUAGCCUAGGGCCUAUGGUAUCCUAUUGUAGUGUGGGCCGUGUUGCAUUAUGGGUAAAGGUGAUGAGAGUACAUAGAAAUAUGUAACAUGUACAUGUAUAAGAUACAAGUUAAAUGGUAGGUAGUGCGGAAGAAAAUGUUAAUCUUUUGACUCGACUGGAUUAACCAGUAGACGGAUGAUAGGCCAUCUCGUCAGUGUGCUGUUCAACUAGUGGCACCAUCUUCAGCCAGUUCACAAAAGUGUAUUAUAAUCGAUAAUCCACUAUGGUCAUAUUGUUUGAAUGAUAUAGUUUAUAAACUCACCAAGUGGAACUGAAAUAUGUGUAUAUAUGUUCUAAUGCAGAGUAUAGUGGAAGACAGCUUUGAGUGAUGUAAAAGGGUAUUUGUGAAAUGACUUAUGGGACUUAUACGCAAUAAUAAAUUGUAUGUAAGCAUACGGAUUGCAUUUUUAUGAUACGUAAGGAUAUGUCAUUUGUAUCUAUGGAAUAUAUAUACAAGGGCCG